AACAAAAAUGUAUGUGACGAGGACACUGUCGCAGUUCAGAAAAUUUCAGAAGACACUCUCGGAGGAGUCACCGGAAGGUCCAUUCUCCGGCGUUCUUGUAAUUACAGACGAAGAAGCAGAAACAGAGGACACGUUCUGUUUCGGGAUAUGUAAGAGGACAAAAAUCGAGAAGCUUCCGUUCCCUCAGGACAAGAUCUUAUCAAUUGUUCACAGAGACAGUUCCGGUAACAGAGAGACUUCGGUUAAAAAGGUCUUGUUCAUACCGGCUCUUGAUCAACCAUUGUCUUCAAAUCGGUAUUACGUUGUUCACGCUAGAGGCAGACACAAAGGGAAAGUCUGUGUGUGCUCAAGGGAGAUAGAGAAAGGGUUAUGUUGUUUUCCAGAUAUCUUGCAUGACAAGAAACCUAAACCUUUGGAUCCAAGAAACAUAUAUCAGACGGUUAAGAUCAACCGCCAUCACGAGCGGACGUUCUUUGCAAAAUCCGUUGCUCCAGACGGUACACCACCUUCAUUUCUCAAGAAGAAAGGGUGGGAGCUACGAACUUCUAGGAGCCUGCAUCCGAGGAGACCUAGAGAAGCUCUAGGCCUAGACGAUGAGCUAAGAGCUCGUCUCCCUGAAUUUGGAUUCCCGAUCUCUACAAUUCGAUCCGGGAGCGUGAUAGUAGGAGAAUGGUAUUGCCCGUUUAUGUUUGUGAAGGAGAAUUGUAGUGUAAGUCACCAAAUGAGGAAGUCAAUGUUCUAUAGGAUGACACUAUCCCAAUACUGGGAACGAAUCUACCACUGCGAAAACAAUAACUUGAAUGAAACCAACAACAAUCUCGACGAAAACAAUGGUGAAAAUGAAGAAGAAGUGGUCAGAGUACACACGAACGUAGUGAGAGAGGCGAACUAUGUUAUGGGCGUGGAGGCAGUUAAGGGAGAGAAAGAAGGGCAUGGAGGGUUUUAUUGGUAUAGGCCAGUUCAAGGUUCACGGGGACCAAAUGAAAGGAGGAGGAAGACACGUUUAGGGUCUGCCGUGGGGCUGAGUUUCGCUGUAGUGGAAAGGAUGAGAAGGGUAAUGGAGGAAGGAGGAUGGGUGGGAGGAGGGAGGAAGGUGGUGAGAGUGGAGAGAGAUGAGCAAAUUAGGGUUUCUAGAAGAGAUUUUAGGGAUAUGAAUGGUAACAAUGAUAGAGAUUGGAGGAGAUUUGGGUGUUAUGUGUUGGUGGAGAGUUUUGGGUUGAGAAGAGCUGAUGGAGUUUUGUUGGUUAAAUGUGUAUUUAGACAUACUCAAAGACUGAGAUGUAAGUGGGAGUGACUCUUCAUUAAUUAGUAAUUGUACAUAUAAUACUUCUAUACAAAAAUUCCCAAGCUUGGACCUGCUUAUGGGUUAUGUUUCAUGAAAAUCGUCACUCUUCCCAAGCAAGGAUCGAACGCAGAUUCAGAUAUUACAACCUCCUUUGGAGAGUAACUUCUCGAGCAAGUGAGUUGUCUACACUUGUGGUUGAUAAACAAUUAUGUUGCCUUGCUUGUAUCAUAAGAUUAUAGAACUUGAAACUCAUAAAAAAUCUAAAGUUUUUAUAAUCUGUAAGUCUAAUACAUUAUUGUUAUGAUUGUUGGGUAUAUCAUAUAUGAACUACAUUUACGU